AUGCUACAUUAAUUUAAUUUGAUAAUAAUUAAAGUAAAAGUAAGUAGAAAGUUCUAUAUUAAUUAGAUAUUCUAAAUUUUAGUGAGCAUAAUCAUCUAAUUGAUUGAAGGAUCUUUUGAAUUCUUAGAUUUUCAUGUCUAUAGAAUUUGGUAAUGUCAUUAGAAAUAAAAAAAACAACUUAAAAAAGGGAAUGAGAAUAUUUGUUAUGAUAUUUCAUUAAGAAAGUAACAAUCUUGAAUAAUUUAGGUAAGUGAUUAGAAGAAAUCUAACUUUGAAUUGUUUUUUUUUGGUUAAAGGAAAUGAAUAAGAUUGAAAAAUAAAAUUGGAGAAUAUUUAAAAGAAUAAAAAAUAAUCUAAGCAUUAAAUUGUUUGAAUUACAUUCUUGGCUAUUUUAAUUCUUGGAUAGAAAUAUAUAUUAUUGAUAAAAAUGAAAUCUAAUCCGUUAAUAUUGCAAAUACAAAUAAAUAACUAAAAAAUUUAAAGUUUUUAAGAAUAAAUUAUGCUAAAUUUCGGAUUCUGAAAGAUGAAAUUGUACAAUAUUUUGUCUGA